AUGGGUAUUCAAGUGAACAACGUCAAUUUUGAGUACUUGGUUGAGCUAAACGAGCUAAAAUCUACAGCAGAAAGUGCUUCACUUCAUGACAGUACACGUAAACAAAAAGGUUCCGGGUGGUUUGUGUCAGCGUUUCUCGUGGUCAACGCGGCUUUGGGAGCUGGACUUCUUACCCUUCCGGCUGCCUACCAUCAGGCGGGUGGGGUCUUAACAGCUGUGAUAGUCCAGUCGGUUCUGCUUGUAUUUGUAGUGCUCACUGUACUCAUCAUCGCCUACUGUUCUGACAUCAAGGGAAGCAACACCUACCAAGACGCAGUUCUCUCCCUGUGUGGCCCUAAAGCCCAGCUGGCUUGUGCAGUCUGUGUAUCACUUUUCUGUUUCGGCAUGUGUAUCACUUUGCUCAUUAUAAUAGGCGACCAGUGGGAGAUAUUUUUUCUCCGAGUGUCUCACGAUCACUACUGUAGAACAAAACCUUUCUACAUGACAAGAGCUUUCACUAUAUCAGUAACAUCAAUUCUCUUCAUACUGCCCUUAUGUUUCCCAAAAAGAAUUGAUUUUCUAAAAUACACCAGUGUCGUUGGUGUUAUAGGAAUUUUGUAUGUUGCCGGACUUGUCGCUGUCAAAUUUUUUCUACCUCACCGUAUCCCGGAAAAUGUUGCCACACGUCCUCGGUCAUGGAUUGAUGUGUUUUACGUUGUGCCACAAAUUUGUUUCGCCUACCAAUGUCAUAUUAGCAGCAUUCCCAUCUACUCCUGUAUGGCUAAACGUAACAUGAGAGAGUUCUCUAAAACAGUAACACUUGCCAUGAUAUUGUGUGUACUAAUCUACACAGUCACUGCAGCUUUGGGAUAUCUUCAGUUUGGUGACAGCAUCACCGCUGACAUACUGCUGUCGUUUAACCCUACAGCUGAGGUGAUGGUGGCUGUAGUUCUUGUGGCUGUCAAAACAUACACCACAUAUCCUAUUUUGUGUUUUUGUGGCAAAGCUGCAUUGGACACAGUCUGGAAAAUCUUCAGAAAAACCGCCCCGGAUGAGAUCUCGUACGGAGAAAAUCUGAGACGCAUCAUCACGACAUUGGUGUGGUUCACCUUGACCGUACUGCUGUCCAUCUACACGCCCAAUAUAGGCGUGGUCAUAGAGAUCCUCGGCUCAUUGGCCGCAAUGUUUAUUUUUGUCUUUCUAGGGAUGUGCUUAUUAAGGACGAUGCAGAACAAAAUAGAAUCGGGCGAGCAACAAGCUGGGACGUUCCUCGUGUUAAGAGGGACAGCCGUUGUUUUGGUUGUCGUGGGUGUGUUCAUCUUUGGACUCACAUUAUCACAGGCCAUCAUGCAAGACGUUCGCGGCGUCCAGCCAGACUCGUCCAAGUUCAACUGCAGAUAG